GAUAAGUUUCUUUUUAUCGCAAAAUUAACUUUAAAAUGAUUCCUAUUCCGGCUGCAACAAUUGACCGUUUCGGUCUCACGCCACCAAGGUUGAAAAAGACUUUUUUCGCGGACCACCGAAAGGGAGAGGUCGGGGAGCUCCGUCUGUUACUUAAGAAGAUGGCAUCUGAUUAUGGUUCUUCAUUAACUUUAAGUGAACUGACCCAUAGGGACUACAAGUUGAAAUGCCGUGAGAUUCUCAAACGGCUUAUUCGGUCAAUGACUCUUGGAAUGGACGUAUCUCGUUUAUAUACUGAUGUGGUUAUGAUAUCGCAAACAACGGACCCAGUUCAAAAGAAAAUGAUAUAUAUGUAUUUGUCUACAUACAGCAAGGACCACCCCGAACAGACUAUUUUGACUAUUAAUACACUAUUAAAGGAUUUUGACAAUGUAGAUCCAGUAAUUCGUUCGUUGGCAAUUCGCAACUUGUCCGCUUUUGACACAAAGCUUUCCAACGAAUAUGCUAUGAACGUGGUAUUAAAGAAGUUUUUGGACCCAUCUGAUACGGUUAAAAGGUCUGCUGUUAUAGGUGCUUUACGAUUAUACAAGUCACAAUGUGCUAUAUCAAAGACGGAGCGACUAGAAGACAGUAAAGAUGAGGAGGUACGAUCUGACAUAUUACAUCAUCUCCAGUCUUCCAUUAAGUCGCUUAAUCUUGAUGUAAUGUUUGACUCUCUAUGCGUAUAUAGUGAACUUGUUGAAUCGGAUGACGAUUUGAGAUUAAGUAGGCCUAGUAUAGUGUACUUAAUUAACAGAAUAAAGAGGAUGAACGAGUGGCAGCAAUGCCUUACGCUCAAGUUGCUUCAUACUUAUAUCCCAUCAGGUGAUGAGUUGUUUGACCUAUUGAACUUACUUGACGAGUUUUUGAAUUACACAUCUAGUGCUGUCUUUUUAGCCACCGCAAAAUGUUUUUUGGCGUGGACUGCACAUGAUGACAUGUUGCAGCUUGAGGUCAUUCGGCGUCUUCAGAUCCCUAUGGUAGCACUUAUUGCUCAAUCGUGCAACGAGAUAGCUUAUAACAUAAUGCUAAACAUUAUGUUGCUUGUGAUAAAUGCACCCCAAAUUGAAGAAUCGACUGGUUGUGAAGAGGCGAAAUCAGAUAACCAACUGCCAUUCUCUGAACAUUAUGAUGUAUUUUAUUUCCGUUACGAUGACCCUCCUUAUAUUAAACACGCCAAGCUGAAGUUGCUGGUUGCAAUCGCUUGUGAGGAAAACGCAACGAAUAUAUUGAAUGACUUGAAUGAAUAUGUUUCGGACAUUAAUUACGAAAUUGGCGCAAACUCGGUGAAAUCGAUGGGCCUCAUUGCUUUGAAAGUACCCGGACAUUUAGACGUCAUUAUUUCCCAGAUAUCUGUUGUAUUUGGUCUUCGCUUAUCUCAUAUCGUAAGCGCGGCAUUGUACGUAGUACGCACAUUGCUCCGUGCCUUCCCAGAAUCCAGUGAGCAAUUGUUGUCAAUUGUGGAAGAACAUCGUGAAUACAUUAAUGACAUACAAUCACUUACGUAUUAUAUUUGGAUAUUGGGAGAGCAUGGAUGUAACGUUGAUCACGCCCCUUACACCAUGGAGGACAUAAUCGAUCGUCCAGAAAGCUUGGACAUUGGAUCGGAGCUGCUGUCUGCUUCUAUGAAAUUGUUUUUUGCUCGACCCCCGGAGAUGUACAAUGCUAUCUCUCGGUUGUUUACCAGGAUCAUUACUGAGAAUCAAGAUCCAUCUUUGUUAGGCAUGGCUGUUUUUUAUCAUUCUUUACUGUAUGUUGAUAUUGAAAUUGCUAAGAAGGUUGUGCUUGCGAAGGAAGAACAUGAUUUAUCUUCUAUAUUAGCUAAUUCUAUGGUUGAGUUGGGCAUACCUCUGCGCGAUGAUGACUGGCGCGAGAAGUUUGAUAGUGUGGAUUUGCUUCAACAGGGUCAAGCACGAGGCACUGCUCUUAAAAGUUUUUUCCCUUAUAGUUUUGGCAACGUCGAAAGCGAUAUCUUCACAACAUCGAUGACUGCAGAACAUUCAUUCGAUGAAGAUUCCACAGAGGAGGAUCAGCCAUCAUUAACGCAUGUCGCUGCCACAACGCCAAUAAGGUCAGGAACUGGUACUGAUCUUGACCACAAGCUAUCUACGCUUAAUCUGGUAAUACCAAAUACACUACUAACGGAGGAGUACCAGAAAUGCUGGUUUGAGUGCGAUUUAAUGCGCCAAAGCACUGAGGAGGUUUCGGGAAAGACACAUGAUCUCAACGUGGAGCCUUUAGAAGAUAUGCUAUUUGACGUCCACAUUGCUACGUUGGCAUCUGGGAAAAGCCAAGAAAUUAUAAAGAUGUACCAGUAUGCGCAAAAUGCUGACGGGCAAAUGUACUACAUUGAGUUGGCCAUUGAACCUUUGGGAAGCUCAUGGCGAGUACAGGUUUCUGUUAAGUCGCAGAGUUCCAGUGGUAGGGGUUCGUUAGUUCAGACGCUUGCUAGCGUUCUCUGCAGUCAUGUGUGUCAAUGGCUUAAAAGUUUAAAUCUGACAUAAUUAAUUUAUACUCAG